AUGGAUGGAAGUCAGGACAAGGAAGGAUUGAAAGGACGAAAUGGCGAGCAAUCCAGUUGUCCCGAUUGCCAACGACCAGAUAGCGCGGAGGAUAUGGUCCAGUGCGACCAUUGCGACGUUUGGAAGCACUUCACUUGCGCCGGAGUAAAUGCAAGCGUCGCCGGCCGAGCAUUUGUGUGUGGCGACUUUUCCGCUCAGCACACCGAUGACGCAAUUACGCUGGUGGAAAGACAGCAAAUGGAGCGUGCCCGUAUGGAACUCGAGCUGCAACGGCGCCUUCUAGAUGAACAACAGAAGCUGAUUGACAAAGCUUUUGGCGAUGAGGAAGAAGAAAACCAUCACGGUGACGGUUUAUCCGGUGGUACCACCAACGAAGUGACUCCACCAGCUCCCAGCAAGCGCCUUGCGACGCCGUCCCCACCCGGUGCACCGCUAGCAUCGUCCGAUCGUCGAUCAAAGGCGCUAUCCGACACUCCCAAGUCGGCUGCUCCAGUUGUGGUAUCGAUUCCACUUACGGCGCUGGAGCCGAACUCAGUGAAGCUUCUGCAAGGCAUGAAAGACCCCCAAGUUGCCCGGCGGGAACUCAGAGCUAGGGUUGAGCUGUGCGAGAAGCGCGCCAAUCCUACGCCCGACGACCUGGUAGACCUACAAGCUCAACUGGAACUGUGCCGGAAAAUUCUGGAAGGGAUCCAGACCAGUACAUCGACCAACGAAUCGGUUCAACGGCCGGACGCGAGCAGCACGAUGAAGUUGCAGCCACCAAAGCCAGCGGCAAGCACGUCGCGCAUGGUGAAGCAGAUCGGUGCAAUUCCGAAAACAAAUCGGUCACUGCUUACGGUUCCCCAGGAAGAUCGGAUGCAGCCUAACAGUCCUUCUCAAGAAGGGGCAGUAGGAGGAGCCAACCGACCGAGCGAUAUUUGGCCUCUGAAGCUGCCGGUAAGCCAAUCUGGCAGACCAUCGGUAAGUCGAGCAUUCGAGUCAUCGAAAAUGCGUGCGAAUCUCUUGGAACCCCCAGGUAAGCGUCAAGCCUUGAGUAAUAUGUUUGAAAAUACCACCCUAUUCGCCUCUGGCGAUUACCCCACGACCAAGUUUCCAACAACCCGAGAGCAGCAGCGUGUUGACCAGCGCCCGGGAGAAAGUUGUCUGCCUCCUACACAUUCCCAUGAGCAGCUGCGAGAUACACUCGCGCACUCGGGCUAUACGACUUUGCCCUACAGACAACCCGAACGCAAUUCAACCGGUAUGCAAACGCGUAAUUGCCCCUCGCGCGUGGUUGAAUCCACUCCGCCCCCUCGUCAGUCAGAUAGCUCCGAACCAAACCAAGUGAUUUCCCAACCAGACCCAUUCCGCCGCACACAACAGCAGCUUGCAGCAAGACAGUCCCUGGCUAAGGAUCUUCCUCGAUUCAGCGGAGACCCAGCUGAAUGGCCGAUCUUCAUCUCGAACUACCACUACACGACGGAAGCUUGUGGCUUUUCGGAUGGAGAAAACAUGCUUCGUCUACAACGGUGCUUGACUGGAUCUGCGCUCGAAACAGUGCGCAGUCGGUUGGUGUUACCAGCAGCGGUACCUCAAGUGAUCGAGACACUUCGCAUGCGGUUUGGGCGACCGGAAUUGCUGAUCAACGCCCUGCUACGUAAGGUGCGGGAGAUUCCUGCUCCAAGGCCCGAUCGGCUCGAAGGCCUUAUCGAUUUCGGAAUGGCGGUGCAGGCUUUGUGCGACCAUAUUGAAGCGGCGAACGAACGCGCUCAUCUAUCGAAUCCGUCGCUUUUGCAGGAGCUCGUGGCGAAGCUUCCCGCUGAUCAACGGAUGAUGUGGGCCGGAUAUAAGCGAGGAUUUCCUCACGCAGAUUUGAAAACCUUCGGGGACUAUAUGUCAUCAGUGGUGCGAGACGCAACUAGCGUAGUCACCUUUGAGCCGGACACGAAACGGAGCGGCGCUCGAGACCGUCCGAGGCAAAAGGGAUUCAUCAACUCCCACGCGACGGAGUCAUCCAGCAGAUCAGGAGAUUCAUCGCGUGAGCCGAAGGAGACACCGAAACAGUUCGAUUGCACUCACUGCAACAAAUGCGGACAUCGAGUUCGCGAUUGCAGUGCUUUCAAGCAGUUAAACGUUGACGACCGCUGGAGACGAGUUCGAUCGUUGGGCUUGUGUCAGAACUGUUUGUUCAGCCACGGACGGCUAACCCUGCAUGGGACUAAAGGCUCGAUCGACACCUUCGCAUUUCUUGACGAAGGGUCCGACCUGACACUGAUAGAGAGUGAUUUGGUUGUUUCGCUUGGGGUGAAAGGCACUCAACUACCGCUUUGCCUACGGUUAACAGGGAAUACAUCACGUGUGGAAAAGGAGUCACAGCAAAUUACAAUCGAAAUCGCCGAAAUUGGACAAGGCAAGCGGCACAAACUUCUGAACGUGAGAACCGUCAAUAGCCUCGGACUACCACGCCAAACCUUCGAGGUUGAAGAUGCGGUUAAGAAGCACAAACAUCUGCAAGGUAUUCCGCUCUCCAGCUACCGCGAUGCAGUGCCCAAGAUCCUCAUUGGUGUAGACAACUUGCGGCUGGCACUGCCUCUGAAAGUGCGAGAAGGGGAUGGGCCAGCACCGGUGGCGGUAAAAACCAGACUUGGCUGGUGCGUAUACAGUCCCCGGGGGAGCAGUAGCCUUGAAUCUCACAGCUUCCAUAUAUGUGAGUGCUCUUGUGACGAAACACUUCACGAGGCGGUGAAAGACUUCUUUGCUAUCGAAGGAGCUGGAGCGGGUCCGACAGCAACCUCGAUGAAGAAGGAAGAUGAACGGUCGCUAACCAUAAUGGAAGCGACAACUCACCGGGUUGGGAAUCGCUUCGAAACGGGACUUAUUUGGAAGGAAGACCAUGUAGAGUUCCCGAACAGCUAUUCCAUGGCAGUGCGUCGGUUGGAAUGCCUUGAACGCAGGAUGGAGCGUGACCCGGGUCUGAAGGAGAAUCUACACAGGCAAAUACAGGAGUACGAAGCGAAAGGAUAUGCACACAAGGCUACAGCAGCGGAAAUGGAAGCAGCGGAUCCAAGGAGAGUGUGGCACCUCCCGGUCGGAGCGGUCAUCAACCCCAAGAAACCGGGGAAAGUCCGCGUCAUCUGGGACGCUGCGGCCAAGGUGGACGGCGUAUCGCUCAACAGUGCACUCCUCAAAGGCCCGGAUCAACUUUCUUCCCUUCCUGCGAUUCUCUUUCGUUUCCGAUUGUACCAGGUGGCGGUCAGCUCGGAUAUACAGGAAAUGUUCCACCAGAUACAAAUCCGAGAAGCCGACAAGAAUUCCCAGCGUUUCUUGUGGCGCAAUAACCCAUCUGAAAAGCCGACGGUAUACCUGAUGGACGUUGCCACAUUUGGUAGCACUUGCUCGCCGGCGUCGGCGCAGUUCGUUAAAAAUCGGAACGCCGAACAACACCGAGAGCUGUAUCCAGAAGCGGUGAAAGCGAUUAUCGACGACCACUACGUGGACGAUUACCUGGCUAGUUUCGGCACGGAAGAAGAAGCAACAAAGGUGGCACGCGAUGUACGACACGUACACGGUAACGGAGGUUUUAAGCUGCACAAUUGGCGGUCCAAUAGCUGCACAGUGCUAGAACGGCCGGGUGAAGUUCCACUGGCAGAGGAAAAGCAGCUGAAACUCGUCGACGGCGUGGCGACGGAAAGAGUGCUCGGAAUGUUAUGGUGUCCUUCCACGGAUGAGCUGAGUUUUUCCACCCAGAUGAGUGAGGAAGUCCAGGCGCUGAUUAAAACGUCCACGCGACCGACAAAGAGGCAGGUACUACGGUGCGUGAUGACGCUGUUUGAUCCAUUAGGGUUGCUCUCACCGUUCCUCAUCCAUGGCAAAGUCCUGAUCCAGGACAUCUGGAGAGAAGGCACUGAAUGGGACGAGCAAGUCAGCGCAGACGUCUUUGCGAAAUGGCGGCGGUGGGUGCAGAUGAUUGAGUACAUUUCCGGGGUGCGCAUCUCAAGAUGUUACUUCCGGCUCGCGAAUCAGAAGACAUACCUUAACUGCGAACUCCACGUGUUUGUCGAUGCGAAUUCCAGAACAGCUUUGGCCUGGAUCAUGGCCGACCCUAGGAACUACCGACAGUUCGUGUCCUAUAGAGUAGCCGAGAUUCUGGAGCACACCACGGCAAGCGAUUGGAGAUGGGCGCCAUCAAAAUCCAACCCAGCAGAUGAAGCUACUAAAUGGGGAAGCGGCCCGUACUUCAACCCCAACAGUAAGUGGUUCCAGGGCCCCGAGCUCUUACGUCUACCGGAGACUGAGUGGCCUCGUCCCAAAGAGCCAGUGACCGCUACUUCAGAGGAAAUACGUGCAUCAAUCCUGCACCAUUGUUCGAUCGAGCCGAUCGCUGCACUCUCCACCAAGGCGUCGAAUGAAACCGGACAGGAGGCCAUUGGGAAGCAGAGCUCCAUCUACCGGCUAAUGCCGAUUCUGGACGAGAACGGCUUGUUGCGCGAGCGCGGACGGAUCGGGGCGGCUGGAGACAUCUGUUAUAGCGUGCGUCAUCCAAUUAUCCUUCCGAGAAAGCACCAGGUCACGGAGCUUCUGGUUUACCGAUACCAUCAGCAAUAUCGUCACGGCAAUGCGGAAACCGUUGUUAACGAGAUCCGCCAGAUGUACAACAUCCCAAGACUGCGUUUGGUAGUGAAGAAAGUAAGCCGUGACUGCCCAUUCUGUAAGAUACGUCGAGCAAGACCAGCGAUUCCACCGAUGGCGCCCCUUCCAGCUGCGCGCCUAGCUCAUCAUGAACGAGCCUUCACCUACACAGGGGUGGACUACUUCGGACCGCUGUUGGUGAAACUUGGAAGAUCCAACGUUAAACGAUGGAUCGCACUGUUCACGUGCCUAACGGUGCGUGCCGUCCAUCUCGAAGUCGCAUAUACGCUGUCUACGGAGUCGUGCAUUUCUUGUGUUCGGCGAUUUGUGGGUCGCCGGGGAUCACCCGCCGAAUUCUUCAGCGACAACGGCACAAAUUUUCAAGGAGCCGAACGAGUACUGCGGCAUCAGAUAAGCCAGGGACUGUCCUCAACGUUCACCAACACCAACACGAAGUGGAACUUCAUUCCACCGGGAGCACCGCAUAUGGGCGGAGCAUGGGAACGCUUGGUACAGUCAGUGAAAGUCGCAAUCGCUGAAGCGUACUCUGAAGGAAAGCUGGACGAUGAGGGGCUGCAAACACUGGUCGUGGAGGCGGAACAUAUGGUGAACUCAAGGCCUCUGACGUAUUUGCCACUCGAGACCGUAGAGGCAGAGGCACUUACGCCCAACCAUUUUUUGUUGUUGAGCUCGUCCGGGGUAAAACAAUACGGCAGAGGAGUUGCAUCUGCAGUGCACAGUCAAUCCAGUGUUCUGAUCCGCCGAGAAAUCCUGGGAAGAUCCUGGGAGCUAAUCCAGCGCCAACUGGACGUUUUUUGGAAGCGCUGGUUGACAGAAUACCUGCCGGUAAUCCGUCGGCAACCGAAAUGGUUUGAUGAAUCCCGACCACUUACAGUAGGGGACCUGGUAAUGGUCGCGGAGCCAACGACGCGCAACGGAUGGGAACGAGGACGAAUCGUCCGCACGAUUCCGAACCCCGAUGGCAGGCAUCGCCAGGCCGUCGUGAAAAUUGAGAACAAGACUCUGUUAAGACCCAUGUCACGGUUGGCGCUGCUGGAUAUACAAAAGGUACGUGAAGUCCCAGAGGAAUCCGGACUACACCCGGGGGAGACUGUCGACGCAGAAAGUGACCAGCUGGCAACCCUGCCGCCAACGGUUUCGGAGGCGCCGCGUUAUGCUUUCAAAGCGCCGCGGCAAUGCGAAUGA